AUGCCCGGCCCCGACGGAAAGCCUUCGCUGCUCGACCAGCCCAUGCCCUCGUCGUUCGACGAGAACAACGAAUUUUACGAUGAGCGCAUCCUGCACAAGGUCUUCCGCAAGCUCAGAGAGGAGCCCCUGAUUCCUCUUGGCUGCGGUCUUACGGUAUUCGCCUUCGUCAGCGCCUGGCGCGCCAUUCGCCGAGGCGACUCGGCUCAAGCCAACAAGAUGUUCCGCGCGCGUGUCGCCGCCCAGGGUUUCACCGUCUUCGCCAUGGUGGCCGGCAGCAUGUACUACAACAAGGACCGCGAACGCACCGCCGAGCUGCGCAAGAUCAAGGAGGCCAAGGACGCCGAGGAGAAGCGGCAGAGGUGGAUCCGCGAGCUCGAGGCUCGCGACGAUGAGGAGAAGGCUCUCAAGGCCAUGUUGCAGGAUCGGAGGGCCAAGUUCGAGGCCAAGAACUCCGGUGCUGCCGGAGGCGAGACGCCGGCCGAGGGCGAGAAGGUCAAGUCGGGGGGCGUGCUCGGUGCGUUGGGACUUUCGGCGUGGAGCAAGCCCGAGGAGGGGAACGCCGCGUCCGAGGCGCCGUCGGUUGAGAAGCCGCAAAAGAAGGAGAACCCCAAGAGCUCCCUUAGCACCAUCGGGGAGAUCUACGGCCGGAAGCCUUCGUCGGAAGAGCCUAAGAAAUAG